CUGAGUGACCUCUGACCUUAUGGCCUUAUCACUUCUGACCAAUCAGAACUACAAUUCGUGAACACCUGAUACAUUCUCCUGAUAUUAACCCAAUUUUUAGGCGAUUUUUUUUGUUGCCAGGUCGUCAUUCGUGUGCAACACAGCGGAUUUUCUACGGUGAGGAUCACAAGAUUACAACAACUAUGUCUUUCCAACAAUUCCUUUCGCGUGUCAAGGUACCUGAUGAGGACCUGGCGUUUGGGAAGGAGAUCACCCUGACCCAUACAGAAGUAGUUCCGGUGUCAGCGGAAGUGUACUGGUCCGGCUUCGAUGACUUCUUCCAUCUGCGAAGUUUCCUGCAUGCAAACGUGGAGACCAUCAAAGGAGACGGAGGGGUGGGGACGGUGGUCGAGUUCGACUUCCCAGGCGGAAGGGCACAAGAGGAGCUCGUUGAGAAGGACGAGGCCACUAAGACUUGGGCUGUCUCCAUGCUGGGCAGCAACCCCGUCUUUAAAUCCUAUCUAGUUACCUUCAAGGUGGAUGAGGAUACAAGUGAGACCGCAAAAGUUACGGUGACCGCCAAGGGAAUAUUCGCCCUAGAGGACUACAACCAGAGGAGAGCCCGUAUUGCCUUCUCCAAGUACAUGCUUCGCAGCCAUAUCAACAAGAUUAUGGCCGCUAUUGCUGACAAGAAGGGCGACGUGCUGCAAUUCGACGUCGAUGUCGACUGCUCCUUCCAGAAGAUGUGGGACACCUUCCGCGACUGGGGGAACGUGUCCUGGAUGAUGGGUGCGACUGGCGUCCAGGUCCUGCCCGACUACCAAAACACCGACCUGCGAAGGAAGGUCCUCUUCGGGGCGGGGUCUGUCGAAGAACGUCUUGUGGGGACAACGGAGAAACCUGCAAGUCUCACGUUCGAGGUUUUCAAAAAUGACGCCAUGCGUGUUCUGUACUUUCGUAAAAAGCUGGAACUGGUGAAGAUAAGUGAGAGGAAGACUAAGAUCAAGUCCACCAGCUACUUCGUUCCUCAACCAGGACCAAGCCCCAAAGCCUUCCUCGAAGCACUGGUGGUGCCGAGCUUAAAGUGGAUUGGGAAUGCAUUUGCUGAAAAGCCAAAAAGCCGCCCUGGACCGGCAGAGAAGAGGUCCAUAAAAACAAGCGCCAUUGUGACCAAACUGGUGGAUGACUGUAUCUUACCUGAAGGAUUCCUCGCGGAGGGAGCGGAAGUGUUCCUUGAACAUACGGAGGAGAUGCCGAUUUCUGCCGAAGACUACUGGUCAGGGUUCCAGGACUUCGUGCAGCUUCAGCUCUAUAUGGAAGGACAUGAGGGAGUCAAGGUGUUGAAAGGUAAUGGGGAGGUGGGCACGGUAGUUUCUUUCUACUACGACCCGACGGACCUGGCCGAGGGGCAGCGGGAGAUGAAGCUGGUGGAGAAGGACGAUUCCACUCGCACAUGGAGGGUCCAGGAGGCGGAGCCGAACACCCUGUACAAGAGCUACGAGAUGACCAUCAAGGUUACGGGGACCACUAACGCAAGCGUGACGGUCUCAGCUCGCUUCGUCUCGGCCAUCAAGAAUGACGAGGAACGCCGAGACGACAUCGCAUAUCACAAGGUGCACCUUCUUGGAGCCACUCUUAGAGACGUCCUGAACUUCGUGGUCGCGGAGAAGCUCGGCCGGAAGUAUCAGGUCGACCAGGAAGUGGACAUUUCUCGCGAGAAGUUGUGGUGCAUUAUGGGUAACUUCAAUGACGUCACCUGGAUUCCCAACGCAAAAUACGCGCAGGUUAACGGAGUCAGCAGGCAGAUUAUGUUUCCCCGGGACUCGACGUGCCAUGAGGGAGAGCGCACUCUGGAUGUCCGCCUGGUCUGGUACGACUCCAGCGAUUACCUGCUAGUGUUGGAGUACACCGGCGCCAUGCUGGUCACGAAGUUCUACAGGGAGAAGAUGCAACUGUUCGCCGUUGGCGCGAACAGGACCAGAGUGGCGUACGAAUGUAUCGUCUUACCGGCGAAGGACGAGCCUGCGGAGGGGUUUGACAAGUGGCUCAUUCCUGCCAUCAGUAACCGAGUCACGAACCUCAAGCGAAUGUUCGAGGAUGAAGAAGAUGAAGAAGACCAUGGGGACCAAUGUGCACCGCCCUCGGGCCCUCCGGUGUUCCCCAGGGGUGCGUACUCGACCGUAGCCCGGGGCACGGUCCACGCUCCUGUCAAGGAGGUUUGGAGCGCCUUCAGGCCGUUCGGAAAGAUCUACAGCUUGCUGUCCAUGACUCCUCCUCCACCGGUUGCCAUGAGCAACGUCUACACCACCAUCACCAUGACUGCAGUUGGUGAGAAGGAGACUGAAGUGAAGUUCGAGUGUACCUUUGACGUCAGCGUGUCGUUUGCGGUGUCCCGUAUCCAAGACAACCAGAAGGCGGCCUACAUGGCGUGCAUCACCGGGCUGCAGCAGCUCUUCCACUCCGAGGUCGGGACGCUAGAGGUCGUUGUUGGGAGCGCCGCUGAUCUGGCACGCACUGACGGCUGGUUUGAUGCUGACCCAUAUGUUGUACUCGCACUGAAUGGUGGGAAGCCAUUCACGACCAGGGUCUGCAAUGGUACCCAGAAUCCUGUUUGGGACGAGCGUUUCGCCAUGUCUGUGACGCCACGUUCCCGAAGUGUCGUCUUCACUGUCAUGGACCGAGACACGGUCGGACAGGACGACAUCAUGGGGACAGCUAACGUCAACCUGGACGAGCUGACGUCAGGUCAGGAGAAGAGGAUGACUCUGGACGUGCAGGGAGGAGGGACGCUGAACGUCCGGCUGUUACUCAAGAUGCACGACAAGCCGAAGGACCAGGAGGACGAGGGCGACAAACUCAUCCGGUCAAUCGCCCUCCCGUUCCUGGCUCCCGUCGCCCAGAGCGAACUGGACGCCAUCAAAAAGGAGUUUACCAACCUCAUCAUGUCAUUUGUUGGCCCAGGCCAGAAGUACGAGCUGAGCUACAUGACCCGUCUGCGGACCCAUCCCGACGUCCCGCUGGAGGAAUACCCGGCCGCCUGUGUUCCCAUGCCGACUGGAGAGAUGUUCACUCCGCUUAAAGCCGGGCGGCUCAUGCAGCGCCUCAUGGAGUUCAUCAGCUCACAGGGCCAGAUCAUGGUCCGCCUGGCGCAAGCCAAGGGCAUCUGGGAUCCGUGGAAGGCCAACUUCAGCGGCUACCUGCCUGCUAACGAGAGGCUGAUAGAAGAGUGGCAGAAAGACGAGGAGUUCUGCCGCCAGUAUCUCCAGGGCAUCAACCCCAUGCUGGUGACCGUGUGCAAGGACCAGAGUCAGAUCCCAGCCGAAAUGCUCGGUCUGAAAGGACAGGGCAAGACCACGCUGGAACUCAUGGCCGAGAACAGGCUGUUCAUCGUGGACUACGCACCCAUGCUCGGUGUUCCUGCUGUUCCGGGGAAGUUCAUCUACGCGCCGAUUGUACUGAUGUACAAGGAGGAGCUGGAUGGAUCAAAGUCUCGUCUGAACAUGCUGGGCAUCCAGUUGACCAGGGACAAGGGUAACAACGAAGUGUACUCUCCUGAAAGUGCGAAGACCCAUCCCAACAAGUACAUGUUCGCCAAGAUGCACGUUCAGUCGGCUGACAACAACGUACACCAGUUCCUGUACCAUCUGGGCUACACUCAUCUCGGUAUGGAGCCGCUGGUGGUCGCCAUGUACACCCACCUGCCCCCGGACCACCCCGUCCACCGCCUGCUGCUGCCGCACUUCAAGGACACCAUCGGCAUCAACUACCUGGCGCGCCACUCGCUCGUCUCCCGCAUCUUCCCCAUCACCGACCCGAUGUUCGCAACUUCCACCGUGGGAGGGCUCGUCAUGUUCCUCAAGGAGUGGCGCAAGUACAACUUCAUGGACAUGGCUUUCCCAGAAGAGCUGAAACGCCGUGGUUUUGAUGAGGCCGGGACUGACGGACUGAAAGACUACUUCUACCGGGAUGACGGCUUCAAACUGUGGAACAUCUACAAGAGUUACGUGACUGGGAUGGUCAACCAUGCCUACGCCGACGAUCAAGCUGUGCAAGCUGACAAAGCCCUGCAGGAAUUCUGCAAGAUGACUGCAGGUCCCGGUCAGCUUCGCGGAUUUCCUCGCGAGAUUUCCGACAAGAAGCUGCUGAUCGACUGCCUGACCAACAUCAUCUUCAACGUGAGCGCGCAGCACUCCGCCAUCAACUUCCCGCAGUAUGACUACUACUCCUUCGUGCCCAACAGGCCGGCCCAGCUGUCGAUGCCGAUGCCUGACGGACCGAACGACAUGCUGCAGUCCGCUGUUCUAGAGGCCCUGCCGCCUCCACAGUUCACGGCUCUUCAGGUUCUCCUGUCCUACAUGCUGUCUAUGCCGUCACAGACUGCCAUCACUGGGGUUGAGGCUAUGAAGGAGGUGUACCCCGAGGUCCAUGAGACGUUCAACACGCAGCUCAAGGAACUCUCCAAGGAGAUCCAGACUCGUAACGAAGGCCUGAAGACGGAAGGGAAGGCCGCCUACACCUACCUGGACCCUGAGAACGUCGCUAUGAGCAUCGAUAUCUAAAGGGUUCCUUCCAGCUGACUAACAGAUCGUACGGAGAGAGAAUAACAACCACCGAGAGAGAUAGAGAAUAACAACGGGAGAUAUAGCUUACAUUAUUACGUUACUAACAAAAAAGGUGUUUCAAUGAAGGCAGAAAACCUUAGCAAAAGUUUGCGAUGGGUUGUAGACAUUAUGAUAUGCAUGGUAAGAUAGAUAAUAAUUCAAGAUACAUAGCAAUACAUUUAGGUGGGUGAUGUUAUAGCUAUAUUGUCGAAUAUAACAAAUCGACCUGCAAUAUUUGAUAAAUACUUGGCGCAUAACAGCUCGCCAUCUUGGAGCAGAAUAUCUUGUUCCUUCUCUUGCGUUGACAAAACCUCAACAUUUUGUUGUGUUCUCUUUGCCUUGGAAUCAAUAAACUGGUGU